AAUUUUUUUCCAAUUCGACGGAAAAUUAUUAUCGAUUUGUGCUAAUUUUAGUGUUUGAAUGUAAAAUAAAUACCCUUAUCUCAUAGUGGUUUGCUCAAUAAAGUGAUAGUACUCGAGAUUAUGUGUAUUAAAAGUUUUAAAUCGAUAAAAUAGGGAAUUAUGUGUUUGUGUCAUUGUAAAUAAUUUUCUGUAUUUUUUCUAAUGCAAAAAGUAUGGGCAACACCAGUAAAAAGUUAGCGGCAAAAUGUGCGUUGCUGACGAAAGACGAACAGAAGUACAUGGCGUCGACCUUCCGACAGGCCAGCCGGUCGUCGGAGAGGGUCCGAGAGGAGGACCUCAUCGUGAGUGGCAAAAUAGACCCCGAAUCGCUUGAAAAACUAUGGGGUCCGCAGAUCGACCCCCGGUUAGCGCAGUACCUACUGAACUACCUGUUUGGCCCGCCAGCGCGGCGGCAGCCAACCUGCGACUUCAACAAGUUCGCUGAACUCUACGUUUAUAAUAUUAGGGGUACGGUAGAAGAGAAAAUGCAGGUGGUCGCCAGCAGUCUCGGUUCGGAUCAAGCGCAAGAGAUACAGUACCAGCUGUUGAGAGAGUACUGCGAGAGCAUAGUCUCCACGUACGUGAGAAUGAUCAAGUCGUCGAAUCACCCGAACCCGGCCAAAUGGAUCGAGAAGGGGUUCCGGGGUAAAGCGAGCAACGUGCAGGCGCUGGGCGAGACAGUGGCGGCCGGAGUACACCAGGACAUGGACAACCCCGCCACCGCGUGCACCAGCGACCAGAUAUACCGCUGGGUGCAGUCCAACACGCUCCUGCAAGGCAUGUCGGAGUUGGUGUUCGAGAACCUGUACGGCAUGCACGAGCAGCGCGAGCGCACCAUGUCCGUGGUGGAGGAGCAGCGCCCCGAGCAGCAUGCGCAGAACGCACAGCCCUCGCUGCUGCCCUUCCCUGAAGGCAUCGACCCACUACCCGACUACCCAGCGUUCAUCGACCUGGCGCACAUCGUGUGGCUGAACAGCAACCUCCCCCGCCAGCACCAGCACAAGUGGCGGUUCCUCUUCUCUUCGCACAUACACGGCGAGUCAUUCUCCACCAUGGCUGGUCGCAUCCAAGACGUGGGCCCGUCACUGGUGAUAAUCGAAGACAACGCGGGCUACAUAUUCGGCGGGUACGCGUCCCAACCGUGGACGCUCUCGCCGAACUUCUACGGCACCGACGAGUCAUUCCUGUUCACACUCGCGCCUAAGAUGCGCGUGUACCCGGCGACCUCGUACAACGAUCAUUACCAGUACAUGAACUUCCAGACCAAGACGCUGCCCAAUGGACUGAUGAUGGGCGGCCAGUUCGACUUCGGCGGCAUAUGGGUGAAUGCAGACCCGUUUGGAACCGGCACAAGUACAGACGCGUGUAGCACCUUCCGCGGAUACAAGCGACUGAGCAAGGAAACGAGCUUCAAGAUACGCAGCUUAGAAGUCUGGGGGGUGGGCGACAAGCCUUUAUCUGUCAAAGAAUCGGAUGAACGCGACACGAGUAUCCUCGACAGGAACCCUGAAGCGAAGGCGAUUCUGGACAUGGCGGGACGCACACGCCACAGCGAAGGCAUCCGAGAACCGCCUGCCUUAUAAUGAUCGCACUACGGUAGAUAAUGUACUGUAUAGCUUGAACAAUAAGGUAUGCUCUUUGGGAUUGACAUUUAUUGGUAUCCGCAAUGAAAUCACAUAUUUCAGAAAAUAUUGGUUCAUUUACUGGGCAGGCUGCAUCCAGAAUUCUGAUCGAGCGAGCCCAAGUCGCUUUUAGCCCCUUUUUUAAUUAUCUAGCAAAAAUAUACUCCAGAAAAGUGAACGCAAAAUUUUGCUAUUCGGUUUAUAUUCCAUUGAUAUUUAUUAAAAUCCACGUUCAGAACAAUAUACAAUUCUUUACAAAUAGAAAAAUUAUUCCACAGCAUCACACCGAGGCAAAGUGCUCUAAAGACCGACAGCAUUUCUUCUUUGAACAGCUAAACUAACCCUUUGACAAAAAUAGCAGCCAGCAGGGUCGUGCGUCGCCUCAACGAGACGCUUCGGUUUGUUAAAUGCCUGACUCAAAUCCAUGGCUUUAAGUGUAACAAUGCCAAAAUCUGUUUAAACGUGUUUAUUUUUGAAAAUUUCGCAGUAUUAUUAUACAUAAUGCUCAGUUCAGUAUCUAGUUAGUGCGUAUAUUAAAGGAAGAGCAUACCUUGUUUUUUUUUCCGCACAUAAUAAACUAAGACACCGGUACUUUAAAUUCAGUGCCAUCAAAACCACUGCUCCACCGCUGGUUGGUGGAAAACCACCCAGACCCCGAGGCAAUUUAGAAACGGGUCUACUUAAAACGAAGCAUGCAAAAGUUCUUCAAAUAAGUCUCUAUCUGUCUAUUGUUGUAAAAAAAGAUAUUUACUUCAGAUCUGCUUAGCUCAGAAGCUUUUUAUAUAAACAAGUAUAGUUAUAAUAAUCGUAAGUGCAUUUAUAAAAUUUGUAGAUUGGUGCCUUUUUGUCAAUGUGUGAUUGUAAGUCAAUGCGCGUUUUCAAUUGAUAGGACUUGUAUAGGGUUUGAUACAUUUUGUUAUAGAUCGGCUGCAGAAAUAUCUUAAAACUUUGAUAGUUUUGUAAGCAAUGAGAUAGAUGCUAUGUAUUUCAUUUUUCACAAUGAUUUUAUGAUUAUGUUGGAUAAAUAAGUCCACAUUUUUUACCGUCAUCAUAAAAUAAGGAAUAAUACUACGUAAAGAACGGCAACUCUCCGCACCAGCGGCUGAGCUAGGUUUACCUCACCACCGAUGAGGGCCACUUUAGUCCAUAUAGGCCGUAAGCCGUUAAAGAGUAGUCAAGUAGUCUCGCUCGCAAUUCCGCGGCAAGAGGACACGAUAGGAAUGAAAAUUUAGUGUCCGGGGUAUGGUAUUACUAAGUAUACUUAAUUAAAUAAGUUUUAAGUAUUUCCGCUAGUGCCGUAUCUAAUAAGCUAAUAAAUUGUAGUUUAAAUUUUAUUUACCUAGUUUGAAUAGCAGUGGCCCUAAAAUAGUACCUUUAGGUGCGCCAUAAUACUUACACUCAAGUUUAUGAUUUACACGAAUUUUUUCAGUAGAUCAUUUGGUACUUAUUUAUUCAUAAAUACGGAAUCUGUUCAUAAACGUUGAAUAUAAUGUGAAAACAGAGAAAAUUUAUUUCAAGUGUCAAGUAUACUAGUCGAAAGCUUUUAAGAGAUCUAUUUUCUCAAAGUUAGAUAAAAGUGUGUGCGGCUGGUUAAACCUAUUUCGAAAUUAUUGUUUGAGGAAGAUUUUUAACACAAAGGCAUCGUUAAAUUAUUUAGAAUCGGUCUCAUACAUAUUCAUGAAGUCAAAAGUUGUUGUUCAUAUAUUUUUAUAAUAUCUUAGAUCUUAUAUUUUUGUCCUUUUCUAACUUUGUGCUAGUCAUUGCUGUGAGUAUAUUUAAAAAUCCGACAAGUGCCAAGCAAUUCGAUGCCAUAUUCCGUGCUAUAUUAAGAACAUUUUAGUAUUUUGCGGUUACUCUGGUAACAAGCAAUUAUAUAUUUUGAUAGUUGUUGAAGACCAAAUCGUAGGUGUCAAAAAUCAUGUUUAAUAGUUAAAUUAUAUUGCUUUUAAUGUUAUUUACCCAUGAUUUUUCUUGAAGGGGUAGGCAAUGGAACUUAAAUAAAGAUGAAUUUUAAAUAUGGAAACUAUUAAGAGAGGUCUAACAACUCCCAACUUGAGACUCCUAAAAUCUUCAGAACAAAGCUUUUGCUUUUCUGUUUAAUUAAUUGUAAACUAUCUCAGUCUUUCUAUGAAUGCUUUUAGCACAAAUUCUUGUACUAUGUAUUUCUACAUUCCUUUCCAUUGCUGAGAAUUUCCAUGUACAAAAUACUAGAGAAACACAAACUUCAAACAAAGUGAUAAUUAUUUUUUUAAAUCAUGUAUUGUAUCUAUUACAACACGACUUCCAUAUUACUCCAUUGAAUACAAGUUCCAUUCGGUGCAAUAAAUGCUGUAUAUAAGGAUUAGAAAUAAAGUAAUUACUGAAACUUUACUCAGAAAUCCAAUUCUUCUUUUUGAUACUCGGUUAUGGAAAAGUUUUAAUUUUUACAAGCUACAGCUAACCGUAUAUAUGUUAAAAUGUACUUACUUUCAUAUCCAGGAUGUUAGUAACAUCGUAACGAAUACUAAUGGGGAUGAUUGGGGCCAUGAUUCUGAAUUAAUAUCAAGUGGACGGAAAAUUCCACUCAGUAUUCGUUACGAUGUCACUAACACACUGUAUAAAAAUGAUUUUCCUUGGUUAUAUAUAUAUAUGCUUAAGCACAUCAACUAUGUACUAAUAUUUGCUAAUACUGUCGAGGUUUCCAUGUAAUUUUUGUAUUUAUUUGAUAUAUGGAAAAUACAGAUAAUAAUAUAUCUAGUCAAACGAAUGUACGGACGUUUUGAUAUGGAUAUUUUUUACGUACAGUUUAUCAAAAAUAUUGUCUACAAUCCGUCUUUCUCUAUAUUGCUAUGUUGGCGCUGUUUCCUGCAAAUUUAACUUCUAAUGUCAUUUUAAGUUAUACCUGUUAUUUUUUAUCCGCCGAAAAAGAAGGACGGAUAAUUGACAGCUGUUAAUUUUAAAACGAAUGUAUGAAUAACGCGGACGAAUUAAGUAGACAUCGCGCUGGUAUUGAAUCUGUUUCACUUGUGCUGUCAAGCUAAUUCUGUUAGAUUAUACGCCAACGUUCCUGAACGUAAAAUUUUGAAAUGGUUAUUUAAGAUUUCUAUCGAAAAUUGACGUGAUGCACUCGACACGUUUUUUUGGACAAGUAUAACUUAAGAUAAAAUUAGGUGUGCUAGAUUCGGCAACAUUAUAACAAUUCAUAAUUUUGGGCAAAAUGAUUCCUGAAGAUAGCCGUCACUAGUUCGUCUUAUUUUUAUUCUGUGAAAUUAAAUGGAAAUAAGUGUUAAACGCCCUUCGUAGCAUAAUAUCGCGUGGUCUUCUGUUAAUGGCAACAGGCUUGCCCCCUAUUACGUGAGUCGUGCCCUAUACACCUCUGCAUGCAGUCGUUGCUAUGUUAUAUAACAAAGUAGCAAACAAAACGUAAAAUUAUUCAUAUCAAAAUGUGAUUAUAUUUAAAGCUAUCAAAGCGUUGAUCUUGUGAAGUAUCGUCCAAUGAAAUGUGUUUCCUAUUCUCGUGGUUUGUGAGUUGAUCGGUGAACACUUCGAUGUUGUAACAAAGUCUUAUGUUAUUAGUAAGUUGUACAAAAUGUAUUUAUUUAUUUAUUGUAAUAAAGAUGAUUUAAAAAAUA